GGAAAGGGGGUAAGACAGAGUUUUACUGAUCGAGAGGGAUAGAGUGAUUGUCUGGCGGAGAUGGACAUGGAGAGGGAACGGGAGAGUGGUGAGAAUGAGGAGAAGAGAUGUGAGAAAAAAGAGAGGGAGAGUGGUGCCGAGGACGCACGCAGUCUGGCUCCAGUCGAUGAACCGUGCCGGUCAGACUCAACUGACAACGAACACCACCAGCUCCUCAAGCUCCAGUGUGAUGGUUCUAACAGCAUUGACAGUCCAUCUGGCGACUUGAAGCGAUUAACAAGCCAUAGCCAUGGCCAUGGCGAUGAUCAUCAUGGCAUUGACGGUAACGGCCAUGUCAAGAAGCUGAGUUGGAUAGGAAGGAUUUGCGAGUUCCGGACGAGGGCCGUCUUCGUGUACGAGAGCUUGUUUAUUCUGUCGGCCCUGGCAGUGUACAAAUUUUGCACAAGGGAUACGGAGUUGUCCUGGUGGCGGGGUGUGUACACGUCAGCCGCCGUCCCGUCCCGGCGGCCGCCGCCGAUCGUUGUCCCCUGCGACGUUGAUUGGCUAGCGUUCCGCCUGCACUAUCCUAAUUCCGAUCCCGACUACACGUGGAAUCACACGACUGGCCUUCCGUCCGCAUGCUCUGCUGAGAGCAGCGCACGCAAUGACGAGGAUGAUCGUCCGUCGGGGUCCCGAUUCUUCCUAAGCAAGUUCUUCCGCAGAGCAGCGGGCCAGUCGGCGCAAGGUCGCGAUGGCGACGUGGGCGCGCAGAGCGGCAGCGGAGAUAGCGAACACGUGGAGAGCGGCUCCGUCCAGCCGCUGCAGCAGCAGCAGCAGCAACCGGCGCAGCAGCCGGGGAAGGAAGGGGAGGGGGAGGUGGUUCAGACUGUCCAGGUCCCUCCCGUUGACAGCUUUUUGAUCAGUAGGGAGCUCCUCUUGAGAGUGGCUGGUAAUGAUAGCAUCAUCGUUAUGACCCUAGGGAACUCGGGUUGGAAGGACUUCAUCUUCAAUUGGGUGAUCUCUGCCAACAGGGUGGGUAUGGGUAAUUACGUGGUCGUGGCGCUGGACGAGCCUCUGCUGAGGACACUUGACGAGCACGGGAUACCUGCAGCCAAGUCGAGACUGGGGUUUGUCGACCCGGGCGCGGCUGCAUGGGGAUCGAUAGAGUUCAAGGCCAUGCAGAAGAUCAAGCCAGCGUCGAUCGUCGACGUGUUGGAAGCCGGAUUCGAUGUCCUGGUGGCCGAUGCGGACCUGGUAUGGUUCAGAAACCCCCUCCCCUACUUCCUCUCCCAUCCGGAGCCCGACAUUCUGUGCUCCACCGACUGCCCCGUUUCGUUGAUUGACGACGCGUUCUUGCGCGCUGGAGGAGUGCGGGAGACGGGCAGGCUGGACGCCAUUGAUCCUGGCCCUUGGCCGCCGUGCGAUGGGAAGAUGUUCCACUUCAACGUGGGGCUCAUGUUCGUCCGGCGACAGGAACCGUCCCUCCGGCUGUUCCGUGAUUGGGCCUGGAGACUGUCUCGCGCCGACAAGCAGACGUGGGAUCAGCAGCUAUUCAACGACAUGGUGAAAGCCGUUCUCCCAUCUGCUACCUCCAAAGUAGUCAUCCCCUCAGGCAUCUACUACCGUCUUUUCGACGGCGUGCUACUGCUUGGUGCACUGCCUCAGGGUCUCUUCGUCAACGGCUUAUCCUUCUUCUACAGCGGGCUGCCUGUCCCUUUGCCGAUCCCAGCCUCAGCUUCCAGCUCCGGCGGAGAACCUGGUCCAGAUGGACGACUAUCCUCAUCCUCAGGGUCGGAAUCAGGACCAGAUGCAGGCUCAGCAUCCGGUCAGGAUUCCGUUACAGCAACUGCAGCACGCGGAGCAGCAGUCGUAGUUGGCCCCGGCAACAGCCAAGACGAGGCCGUUAGCCACCGUUUGCCCACGCCGUUUAUGAUGCAUACGACGUUCAUAGAAGGCGGACACAGCGCUAAGCGGAUGCGGCUACGGGACUGCGCUCUCUGGGACGUGGACCCUCCUUCAUAUCUGUUUCCACCGGAGAGGGGGUUCUUGCACUACCAACAGGUGAUUCCAGAGCAAUGGCUGGACGAAGCAGCGCGCGAUCCGGAUAAAAACCUCAGUUUGCGCAGACUGCAGUUGGGCUGGCUGCGCAACGCUCUCGCCAUCGCCUUCGUGCUGGACAGGAUCCUCAUCAUGCCCACUCUGCUCGGCGACUGGCCGUGUCCUUGGGGGGUAGACAGCAGGAAGGGACAAUUGGAGGGGGUUCGACCUCGGGGCUGGAGUGAUUACGUGUUAGACAUAGGGGCAAUGGAAGAAAAUGGAGAUGGAGAGUUGAUUCGAGGGAGUGAUUUCUUGAGCAAUCGCUGGAUUGGCCAAGAUAUAUGGCGAUCUAGGCUGAACGUUGGCGUCCUGGGAGGAGAAGGACCGCAACCACUUUCUCUUCCUCCGACGCAUCGCAGUCGCAGACGACGGCGCAGGAGGCGACGGAGACGCAGAAAAGGAAGGCCGGACAAGAGGUGGCGGCGUCUUUCCCUCAUGGAAGAGACGGUGGAGGAGGAGGAGGAGGAGGAUAUGCAGGAGGAGGAGAAGGAGAAAGAGGAGGAAAGGGGGGCUGAAAAGGAAGGUAAGAAGGUCAUGGACAAUGACCGUGACGGUACAGGCGUAGCCAUUUCAAGGCCGUUUGAUAGAAAGCUUCUGGACGUCAAGGAGACGACGAAUCUCGACGGUGAACUGUCUGACGACUCCCUAAACUGUGUGAAUGGGACUCUCUUUCCGUCGCAGGUUGCAGUGGAGAAGGCAGCUCGUGUAAAGAUUGCACGUGGCAUAACGGACGUGCAGGUGGCGGCUUGUUUUGGACCGUUGGCUCAUGUCAAACUGCUAGACUUCUCGACGAUGGCUGAAGUGUUUGGAGGAUUCGUCAAAUUUGCAGACAAGAACAGAUUCGUGAAUACGUGGGGAAAAUAUGCGAAGAAAUUCCCAGACGAUGACGUCGGACUGCUCGAUCUGUUGGUUGUUUAGAGAAAUGGGAGGCCACAUGUCGCACACACCCAACGCUCUACAGUUGCUUUUUUUUUUCUUUCAGAAAAGAAAAAAAAACACUCCAAUUUUAUAGUUUAGUUCCUGUGUUGCACUACAAACUGUAAAUGGUACACGCCACCUACGUAGACGUUCCCAGACGA